CCUUUGAACCCAUUUACUGGAGGGACCAGGCCAGGCAGGGGCCGGCCAGCAUGGGACGCACACACGUGUGUCAAACAAGCUGGCAGGGCACGCCCCGAGUCCAUCCACACACUCCGUGCCUUCAGCCCCUCCUCGAGAUCCUAACGGGACCUGGGAACAGCAGGUGUAACCAAGAACUCAGACGUCACUAGGCAACUAGGACUCCCCUGGGGGAGAACUUCAAUCUCCCCGCACCUGCCUUUCCCGGGGGUGCCCAUGGAAGGCAGGGGCGGGGGCUGGCUUCCUUCCCCAGCUGUUUACAGCAUCAACGAGCUGAUCCCAGCCCACUGGGGUCCCCCCCCAGCCCUGGAGAAGCACAAUAUUCUCUGCUUGGUCCAGACUGGCAGAGGGAGCUGGAGGUGCCCGGCGCUAUGGAGCCAGGGGCCCUGGGCCAGGGGGGACAAGGGCCGAAGCAAGAGGCCAUGGUGUCCGGUCAUUGAUCUGGGGCCCAGGAGGGGGGGAGCAGGGGGAAAGACCUUGAGCCUGGACAAACAGGGCCUGCUGUGGCCUGCACUCCGGCCCUGCCCUACCUGUGGCUUACAAAGAAGUCCAGGAUGGCGGAUGAAGAACAGAGGGGCAAUGGGCAGGCAGUCCGAGCGCAGUUAUAUGGAGUGGAUGUGGAGGAGCCAGGGCCCAACCAAAGAGUCCAGGGCCCUGUUGAGAAGGCAAAAGCCACUGAUGACCCCAAGAGAAGAGGACGGAAUUACAUCCGCCUGGCCCCUCUGUGGCUUGCCCUGCUGAUGCUGGCAGCAGGUGGAGUCCUGCUCUGGUAUUUCCUAGGAUACAAGAGAGAGGUGACAGUCAGCCAGUUGUACUCAGGAAGCAUCCGGGUGCUUAAUCGACAUUUUUCCUUGGACCUCUCCCGCCGAGAAUCCAGUGCCUUCCGCAGUGAAACUGCCAAAGCUCAGAAGAUGCUCAGGGACCUCAUCUUUGCCACCCACCUGGCCCCAUACUACAACUCGAGCACAGUGUAUGCAUUUGGGGAAGGGCCUCUGACCUGCUUCUUCUGGUUCAUUCUCCAAAUCCCUGAGAGCCACCGUCAGAUGCUGACCCCUGAUGCUGUGAAGGAGGUGCUGAUGGAACAGCUGCUGUCCAAUGCCAACGAGACAAGCGGCACACCUGAUCAGGAGGAGUAUGAGGUGGAUCCUGGGGGCCUUGUUCUUCUGGAGACCAGUGUGAAAGACAUAGUUUUGCUGAAUUCUACACUGGGAUGCUACCGAUACAGUCACAUCAGCAUAGGCCAGAUAGUGCGGCUCAAGGGCCCAGAUCACCUGGCCUCUAGCUGCCUGUGGCACCUUCAGGGUCCCGAGGACCACAUGCUCAAGCUUCGGUUGGAAUGGACGCUGGCUGAGUGUCGGGACAGGCUGGCCAUGUAUGAUGCUGCUGGGCCCCUGGAGAGCCAACUCAUCACCUCACUCUACGGCUGCAGCCGCCAGGAGCCAGUGGUGGAAGUCCUGUCCUCUGGACACGUCAUGUCUGCAGUGUGGAAGAAAGGCUUGUACAGUUACUAUGACCCCUUCACGCUCUCCGUGCAGGCUGUGGCCUUCCAGGAUUGCCAGGUAAACCUGACCCUGGAGGGCAAACUGGAGCUACAGGGAAAUAUCAGCACACCCUACUAUCCCAGCUACUAUUCCCCUAGCACCCACUGUACCUGGCAUCUCACGGUUCCGUCUCUUGACUAUGGAGUGGCCCUCUGGUUUGAGGCCUAUGCUCUGAGGAGGCAGAAGUAUGACUUGCCCUGCACCCAAGGGCAAUGGACCAUACAAAACCGAAGGUUGUGUGGCCUUCGGACCCUACAAGCCUAUGCUGAGAGGAUCCCUGUGGUAACUUCAGCUGGCAUCACCAUCAACUUUACCUCUCAGAUUUCCCUCACAGGCCCUGGUGUGCAGGCUCACUACAGUUUAUAUAAUCAAUCAGAUCCUUGUCCUGGAGAAUUCCUAUGUUCAGUGAAUGGCCUCUGUGUGCCAGCCUGUGAUGGAAUCAAGGAUUGCCCCAAUGGCCUGGAUGAGAGAAACUGCGUCUGCCCAUCCACCUUCCAGUGUGAGGAAGACAGCACAUGCAUUCAUCUGCCCAAGGUCUGUGACCAACACCUGGACUGCAUCAAUGGGAGCGAUGAAAGGCAGUGCCAUGAAGGGGUGCCCUGUGGAGCUUUCAAAUACCAGUGUGCCGAUGGGAGCUGCCUGAAGAAACCUAACCCUCAAUGUGACGAUAACCCUGACUGCAAUGACCAAUCUGAUGAGCAGCACUGUGACUGUGGGCUUCAGGCUCCUGCCACCAGAAUCGUGGGGGGUGCCACAUCUGUGGAGGGGGAGUGGCCAUGGCAGGCCAGCUUGCAGGUGAGGGGCCGGCACAUCUGCGGGGGGACCCUCGUGUCCGAUCAAUGGGUGGUGACGGCAGCCCACUGUUUCCAGGAAGACAGCAUGGCCUCCCCAUCAGUCUGGACCGUCUCCCUGGGCAAGAUCCACCAGAGCGCUCGCUGGCCUGGAGGGGUGUCCUUCAAGGUCAGCCGCUUGCUCCUUCAUCCCUACUAUGAGGAAGACAGCCAUGACUAUGACGUGGCCCUAUUACAGUUGGAUCACCCCGUAGUCCGCUCAACCCUGAUCAUGCCCAUCUGUCUGCCUGCCCCGUCCCACUUUUUCCAACCUGGCCUCCACUGCUGGAUCACAGGCUGGGGGGCACUUCAAGAAGGAGGUCCCUCCAGCAACACCCUCCAGAAGGUCGAUGUCGAGCUGAUCCAGCAGGACCUGUGCAAUGAAGCUUACCACUACCACAUCACCCCUCGGAUGCUGUGUGCGGGCUAUCGCAAGGGCAGGAAGGAUGCCUGCCAGGGUGACUCGGGAGGUCCCUUGGUUUGCAAGGAGUCCAGUGGCCGGUGGUUCCUGGCAGGCUUGGUGAGCUGGGGCCUGGGGUGCGGCAGACCCAACUACUUCGGAGUCUAUACUCGAAUCACUCGGGUGAUGGGCUGGAUCCAACAGACCCUGUCCUGAAGAUGCUGCAUCUAUCUGGACCAGCUCCGGACCCCACCCCCCAUCCACCUAGAGCCCAUCCAAGAGGCCUGAAGCCCUCCUUCGGCUGGCGGUGCCUCUCCUAUGUGGAGGGUUGGGGGGGGGGGGGAGCGGUUUCUAUCCAGCUGGUGUGGGAGAAUUUGGAUUUUUCCAGGGAGGGGUGGGGCAGCAACUGUGGGGCUGAGGACAUCUACUUUUUUCUAUAUCCCUAAUUGCUCUGUUCUUUUGGGACACCCUCCUGACUUGCUCCCUAGCCCCACCACAAGGGAUGAAAAGAUGUGACCUGGCCAGGCCCUAGUGACAUCUGGGUGGUGAAGGCACCUUCCCUCUAAACACCAGCAGGCAGUAUCCUCUCCAAAGGCCCACUGUGGCUGCUGCUGAUCCCAGUCCUAUAUUUUUCUUUCCUCCCAUCCUCCUCUGGGGCUUGACCCUUUAUCAUCUCUCAGAGGCCACCCCAGCCUGAACCCCUUUGGUAGGUCUGACUGAAUGGGGAAACUGCCCUGGACACACAGCGAGGACAGAAACUCAAACACCAGAGGCUUUCACCUGGGACAAAAGAUUCCUAGAAAGCCUCCUUCCUCUUGGCCAAUGUCAAGAUGGACGGCUUUUCAAGAACGAGCCCCUGCUUUGGGAUGUGACAGGGGGAGGCUUUCCACAAGCCUCCCUGACUUUGGGGUGAGGAGGUACCUGCACAGACAUGCCAAGGAAGUCGGGGUGGGGGGAGCAGUCAGCCUCACUUCACACCCACAGCUAUUAACGAAGCUCUAGCUCCCAGCCUGGGGGAUUUUUCACAAGCCAAUGAGGAAAAGAGGCUUCUGAUACCUGAAGCUCUCUUCCCUCUCCCUGCCCCUGCCCUGGACAUCUGGAACCUCAAACCUUCUCUGUGUUCUACUCCCCAUCUCCAGUUCCCACCAUCUCCUCAGCCAAAGGGAGGCUGAAGGAAAGUCACUCACUGAUACUUGGCCCAGAAUAAAUCUGAUUUAAAACCUGC